AUGCGCUUUGCAUUCAAUUGGGUGGAGCAGCAGGAUGUCUUCUGCGCGCUGGCGACGCUUUCCUGGCUCGUCUCUAUCCUGAAGGUCGCAGAGAGGUGCCACCACUCUCUAGCCCCAGGAACCAGGCGGUGCCCUCCCUUGGGGGAUUGGGGCCUCCCUCUGAAGAGGAUCAAUAAAUGUGUCCAUGUUUCGCAUCUGCCCCUCCUGGGUUUCUCAGAUCCGGUGUCACCGCUGACCGCUCCCGUCGCCAAUAUUGGCGUCUGGGCUGGCACUUGGGAUUCUCUCGGACCCUCCGAAACUGGUGGGUUGUUUGAUGCCAUGGCUUGGAACGCGACUUUCAAAGAGCCAUUCGACGCUUUGAUGCGCAAUCUGGUGACAAUGUUGAUUGGAUUUGUAUGUGCAGAAGUGAAGGUUGAUGGAAGAUUGAUGGAUGGUAAGGAGGAAGUUAAGUAG